GCACUUUACUCUCCAAAAGAUUCCCACCUUUUCUGUUUUCUUUCGCCUUUCCUUUCGUCCUUUAACUGUCCCUCGGGGUUCCCCAACCCGAAUAAUACUAUACAAUAUACAAUACUAACAUAUACACUACACUCUUGGUUCUCUUUCAAAUAUUGUCUCAGCUUAUUAAAUAAUACUAUACUCUAUUAUAUGAUCUCUCUCACACUUAAUAUCUGUGGAAAGCAUUUUUGUUCAAUGAGAAUUUUCAUAUCCUGCCAUUUGAAUUCCCUCACACUAUAGCCAGGCACCAGGGACAUGUGUUUCUCUUUCCAAAAUAACAGAAGCAAGAAUGAGCAUGAGGCCUCUCUUCAUCUGCAUUAUAACUCUUCUCUGCUCAUCCUUUGCAAACAGAAUUUCACAAUGAGAAUGUUUCUUCCCAACAUCAUCUUAGAAUCUUAAAAAAAGUAAUCUCUCUCUUAUUAUUCAUCUUUGUUUCCACUUUCCAAACAUUAUACUUUCUUAAACUUUCACAUUUUGAGACAGCAAGAGAAAAAAGAGUUACUGAUUCUCCACAAGAAGGUCAAAAAUGUCGUCAAUGCCAAUGAAUCAACAACAACCUCCUCCACAGCAAUCCUAUGAUGAUGGAAUGUCAGAACAUGAUUCGGUAGGUCCUGUGGUUGGUGUUCUAGUUGUGGUGAUUGUGUUGGGAGUGAUAGCAGUUAUGAUUGGAAGGCUGUGUUCUGGAAGAAGAAUCAUGGGGUAUGGCCAAUAUGAUAUUGAAAGCUGGGCAGAGAGAAAGUGCUCAACUUGCAUUGAUGGCAGAAUCAAUCUAUCACUGCCAACAAGGACCAGCGAAUCCACCACUUCAUCGGUUCCUGAAACACCAAUUCAUGCUCCUCAAGAAACCAAGCAACCAGAGCAAUCUUCUCACAACUCAUCAUCAUCAUCGCCUCCUAAUACUCAUUGAUUGAUUUCUAUAAUCUCUUUUAGAUUAUUAAAAUGUCCAAAUUCAUGCUAUGGUUCAGUUUAGUGUCUUGUUUGUUGUGUUAUUUAGUUUUAGUUCGUUGUCUUUCUCUUUUUUCUUCUUUUCCUUCUUAUAUUGUACCAAUCAUUCUGGUCAAGUUCAAGUUAUCAAAGCUUAAUUAUUAGUCUUAUGAUGAUUGAUCCCUCUAUGUAGUUCCGUAAUUGCAAUGUCACUAGAAUAU